AUGUCGAUCUUUGGCCGGGCCACCUUCUCCUCGGCCGGCUAUGCGGCCUUCCGGCCGUCCUAUCCGCCCGUGUUGUUCAACCGCGUGCUCGCCUUCCAUCACCAGGGGAGGAGCCAGGGCCAGGCGGCGAGCGGGAGCCCGUCGGGGAACCUGCUCGACCUCGGGUGCGGGCACGGGGUGGUGGCGCGGGCGCUGGCGCCGCACUUCUCCUCGGUCGUCGGGGUAGACCCUUCGGCGGGCAUGGUGGAGCAGGCGCGGCGGCUGACGUCGUCGGACGGCUACGGCGACGGCGGCGGCGGCGACGGCGGCAGUCGGAUCACGUUCCGACAGGGCGGGGCCGAGGACCUGUCCUUCCUGGCGGACGGGUCGGUUGACUGCGCGGUGGCGGGCCAGGCGGCGCACUGGUUCGACUACGCGCGUGCCUGGCCCGAGCUGGCGCGCGUGGUCCGCAGCGGCGGCACGCUGGCUUUCUGGGGUUACAAGGACCACGUCAUCGUCGGGCACCCGGCCACGACGCCCAUCUACGAGCGCUUCACAUACGGCGAGGCCGAGCCGGUGCCCGGGUGGGAGAGCAUGGCGCGCUUCUGGGAGAUGCCCGGGCGCAAGAUCCUCCGCGGCUCCUACCGUGCCAUCGUGCCCCCCGCGGCCGACUGGGACCGCGUCACGCGCAUCGCCUGGGACCCGGACCGGACGCGGGCCGACGCGGUCGCGGGCGCCCCCGAGGAGGCCCUCUGGCUGCGCAAGACGCUCACGCUCGGCCAGCUCCAGGGCUACCUCCGUACCUUCAGUGCCUUUCAUGGCUGGCAAGGGGCCCACCCGGACAAGAAGAGCCGGGCCGAAGGCGGCGAGGGGGAUAUUAUCGAUCUCAUGUUCGACGAGAUGAUCGCGGCCGUGCCCGAGUGGCAGGCCAGGGGGGAUGACUGGAAGCAGAUCGAGGUCGACGUCGUCUGGGGCACUGUCCUCCUCAUGGCUAAGAGGCGAUGA